CUUAACUGUUUAUGCAAUAUAUAUGAAACCUGUGCAUUAUCGUUACAACGGAUCACGUGACUUGAAAGCUUUGUUUCCAUAUUAAUUAACCAACCGUGCUGUUGUUGAACAUAAUUAAAUGACAAAAAAAAAAUUCUAAUCAGACACUGGGAAGUUUAUAGAGUAGUAUAACCAUGGUGCAACAGGAGGAGGAAUGCCACUUGGAAAGCAUGGAAAGUUCUAUAAAGAUCACUUUCGCUCAUGAAUCAGCCUUUAUCGGAAUCAUGGAAACUUAAAACCCAGCUGUGCAUCGCUCCUUCCCACUGCCUUUCAUUGUAAUGGCUUUUAGGGCCGAACGUUCCCUCAUUAUUUUGCCCAUAAUGGGUAUAACUCUAACCAGAAUCACAGGAGGGAGUGUAUACGGGUGUCAUCGUGUUGCAGCCCACUCGGAUCUUCUCUCAUGCUAAUUCGGAUGUUCGAGAGAAAGUCCAAACAAAGUGUAAAAGAAAAGUCUACGACCUUUCCAACUGGCAGUUGUCGCGCUACGUGAUUCGGCUCACGAACGGUCGAGUCCUGAACCGGUGAUCAUGAGAUCGUGGUGUCGCUGUCAAGUUUUGACUGGUUUUCGUUUGAUGAGUCAAAGUGUGACGCCCGGUCUUUCAGGAUUUUGCAUCAUACCGUGUCGUGGUGUUUGAGUAACUCAGCCAGUGAGUGGACACGCACCUGAUUGCCGGGCUGCUGCGUCAGGGUGUAAUCAGCGGGGGUUUGAGUGUACAGUUAGGCUUUAAUUAUCGCACGGCGUGCUGUAUUAUAUCGUAGUAUUUUUAACACCGUCCUUACCUAAUCGCUUCUAGUCGCCUGUCGUAGUUCUCAGGAAAGUGAUGUUUGAUUAUGGCGGAAUUAACGAGACUCGGCGUGCGAUCGAGUCAAGCCUCGUUCAGCACUUAACGAGAGCAAAGCAUCUACCUUGACCGGCGUUUGUUGCUUUUCUCUUGGUGCAGCUGAUCUCCUGCAGGAGUAGCGAUGGAGAAGGUGCUAACAGCGACGGUGCUUCCGAGGAGCCGGUUAGGGAAGCGCUCUCCACUAGGAGCCUUGGUGUGCAACUCUUCAGCAGAGGGUCUCGUGGACAUAGGAGGACACGGAGACACCGACGGCGUUCCUGUGAUCUCCGGGAUCGGAGCAGGAGUCCACGGUGUCCACAGGGUCAAACUGCACCCGGGACAGCGGGUGUACGUGCAUUGUGGUGGACAAGAGCGUGCUGGCGCUGUGGAGCAGCACAACCACGUGGACAACGAGGUGUCCAUAUUCAUACAGCAGCUCAAUCAGCGCGUGCACCGGAAACUGGAGGACGUGUGGUUGAGCCCGUCAGGCGUCCUCGCUCACCCUGUGUCUUUAUCAAUCGACGUGCCAAAAAGGAGCGUAGAGAGCGCGGACAUGGACGAAAUCAUGGCUGCUAUGGUGCUAACCAGUCUGUCCUGCAGCCCAAUGAUCCAAAGCCCCGUUCAUGGAGAACCAGCGCCAGUGUCAAACGGGACAGAUAGCACUGGUAGCGAAAUGUCUGAUGGUGGUUACUGGAGCUGUGACCAUGGAAACAGCAGUCCUGCGCCGUCUCCACCUGACGCAGAGGCGGACCGCACCCCUCCUGUCGACGAUGGCUUGGACAUGGAGAUGGAUCAAGUGUUGUUUGAUGAACCAGCACCGAGGAAACGCAAGAACUCGGUGAAGGUGGCGUACAGGUGCCUGUGGCCAAACUGUGGCAAAAUCCUCACCACUAUUGUAGGCAUGAAGCGCCACAUUCGUACUCUUCACCUGGGCCGACAGAGCGAACAGGAGCGCUGCCAAAGAGAAGAAGACUUCUACUACACGGAAAUCUACCAGGACGCGGAACAACCGGCAGCUCCGGCCGGCUCCGGAUCACCUUCCAGUCCGAGCCAUCAGAGAUCCUCUCCACCGACGCCGGAGCCUCUUCAACCCAGCCCGCUCAGCCAGUCGGCCCCCAGCAGCAUCUGGCAGGUCCACUCCGAACAUUCGUACCAGGCUCCGCCUCCUGUUGGUUUAACUCCGUGUAAAGCCGUGUGUGUGCCUGUCCUGCCUCGCUGGGCGCCUCUCGUCACGCCACACCAGAACAAACAGGCCGCUCCGUUCCGGCGUCGUUCGGUCAGCGUAGGUGAACAGUGGCUCCAGAGCCACAGCGCCCCCUCCAGGCCUCCACACCUCGCCAGUGUUUCACCUCCAAGAAGCCACUGCGCCUCACGGAGGGUUCGAGGCGAGGCUAAAAAGUGCCGGAAGGUAUACGGUAUCGAGCACCGGGAUCAGUGGUGUACGGCCUGUCGCUGGAAAAAAGCCUGCCAGAGAUUUUUGGACUGAAUCUGGUGCUGAGCUGAACGACGUACGAACCAGAGACUGAGGAAUUAAACGCGAAGAGGUGGAUCAGCUACACCGCGGUGGAGGGGAAAACAGACGAAAACCUUCCUUUUUUUUUAAAAUUCUGUACAUUUUAUAAGAGAUGUUUUACCGUUAUGGCGCAGCGUUAACUCCGGACCGAUCUACGCCGCAGUCGGUCUCUCACACCGCAUCAGUCUUCCUGAGGUCGUCCACUCGGUGCCGAUUUCUUUCGAUAUGCAACAGCCAUGUUUUCCGUGAAGGCUCAGAUUAAUCGAGGGUCGUGACACUCCGUAUGGUGACUCUUUUGUUUACCGCGAGAGAUUCGCAGUCAUUCCAGAAAACCCGACCCGUCUUUCAGUUUCAUCGUUUUUGUAUUAUUUUUUUAUUAUUUUUUCGGCGAUUCGAAAAAGCCGAGGUUUUACAGAAAGACGUCGUUUUUUUUUUCUUUUUUUCUUUUUCGUGUUGGGGUUUUGUUUCGUUUUUCAGGGCAGGAAGUGAACGGCAGCUCGACGGUGAAAGUGAUUUGUAUGGACGUGCUUUAAAAGCAUACACGCCUUUAUGUUUAUGUAUGCCAUGUAUACCAGCUGUUACGUGUUUUUAUAACGACAAAAAGAGCAAAAAAAAAAAAAAAAAAAAAAACAAAAACCAACCAAACACUUUUUUUUUGUUGUUGUUGUUGUUUUUUUGUAUUAAGACGUCUAAUGACUGUGAUUGCAGUCAUGAUCCGUCUGUUUCUACAUCUAUCAUCUCAUAUCUUACGCGCGAAAGACAUUUUCCUUUUUCGGCUCCAGGGGGCGAAUUCGUCCAGCGAGAUUUGAUUUCAGCGAUGAUUGUUUUCGUUCUUAUCGUACGCCUUCCGUUCCAAAUGAACCCCUUUUUCCGUUGUCCUGUUUUCACUUGUAUAUCUCAUCACUCCCUUAUCAGCACUACUUGGACUCUGUGUAAAGAUCCAGAAUUCUGAAUUUGUUUCAGCGUGCGAUUGUAAAAAGGACGUAGCUUAUUAUGACGCGUUCCGAGACGAUCUCCUCAUUUAAAAACCAAACAAAAGGAACAUUCUUUCAGAAUGAGGUUGCGGUUCGUAAGACAAAACUUUGGCAAAACGAACCCGUCAACAGUUUAGUGGAAAUUUUUGCAGGGUCCAAGCAUCCGAUUCGUGUUCAUAUUUCGAACUGCUAUCGCGUCUUUCCGUGUUAAACGUCCGCUCCGAAACUGUCGGCUUUACACAGCGUUAACCUUGGGAUACGGAGAUGAACGAACGUUCGAGGAGGUUCAUCGUCAGGUUCGCCAAAGUCUGAACUAUCUUCAUACGACAAUAUUAUCAUCAUCAUCAUCAUCAUGCUCAUCAGUUAUAACCUGUACAGUAUUUUGCAUGAAAUGGCUCUGGAGUUUUACAUUUUGAAAUCGUCAUUUUCAUGUUUUAAUACACUUUCUAUGUAAGUCAA